CACCGAGAUCGUGCGGCCGUAUCGUUUUCGGAUUAUAUCUUGUAAUAUGUGACCCUCCUGGUUGGCGUGGAAGUUGCAAUUUAUAUUUAACAUUCAAUAUAAAAACGAAUUUUAAAAUGGACAAGGAAUGGUUAUAAAGACUGAUAAUCAAUGUGGGAUGUGAUACUUCAAACACAACCAUGAGACGUUUCAUCAUCUCCAGUCUAUCGUUACGCCGGUUAGCUUACCACCGCCACGUAAUUAAAGGGGGUUAUGCCUUCUCCGGCAGCCCACCCAGGGUUUCCGAUAGAGCUGUCCCACCUCAAGAUGACGGACAAAUCCUAAGGUGGCUAAUGAACAUGGAGAAACGCCCUCGCUUUAUGUCAACUCAGACAAAUCCUCCUCAUACGAACGUCAGUUCUAAUGAAAAGGAGGCAAUUGAAAUCAAAGUUAUUUCAAGAGAAAACAUUAAACCAUGGUAUCCAACACCCGAAAACCUUAGAUAUUACAAGCUUUCAUUUUUCGAUCAGAUUGAGGCCCCUAUAUACCACCCCUUGAUGUUCUUUUAUCAAGGUCAUAAUAAUAACAAUAGGAAGAGCAUAGAGGAUGUCAUAUUGGAGCGAUCAAAUCAUCUGAAGCAAUCACUAUCCGAAACCCUAACUCGAAUGCACCCGUUUGCAGGAAAGUUAGCCAGUGAGCUUCAUGUUGAUUGUAACGACGUUGGUGUGUAUUACGUCGAGACAAGAGUCGAUGAUCAGCUCAAUAAUCUGCUUAAGGAACCUGAUAAUAAGUUUUUGAAACGGUUGAUACCCAUUGUUGAUUCAGUCCCAAAUCAACCGUUGGUGGGAUGUUAUGUUUCAAUGGUGCAAGUUAACUUCUUUAACUGUGGAGGUGUUUCAAUUACCAUACAACAUAAUCAUAAAUUUGCUGACGCGCGUAGCACAAUGAUAUUCAUGAAUACUUGGGCUGCAAUCGCCCGACGAGACACUAAUCAGGUUUAUCCCAACUUUGUUUCAUCUUCGAUGUUCCCACAAAACCCUAAGUUAGCAUUUUCACCAUUAUGGUAUCUGACGAUUUCCUCAGCUUAUAUAAAACACGGGAAAUCGUCAACUACUAGAUUUGUUUUUAAUGCUUUGGCCUUGAAAGAACUCAAGGCCAAAGCAUCUAAGCAUCAGCCAGUCAGUCGAGUCGUGGCUGUACUGGCUCUGCUCUGGAAAUGUGCUAGCAUUGAAAGUACACAAUCUAAGCCGUCCCUUCUACAUAUGCCAGUAGAUAUCCGACAACAAUUUUCACCGCUACUGCCUGAUUAUUCAAUUGGAAACAUUAAAUCUGGGGCAGUAGCGAGGUUUGAUCCAAGUGCAAGUAACCUUGAUGUAGCGUCCAUGGCUAGCCGAAUAAAGAAUGCGAUAUCGGAUAGUAUAAGUGAAUCGUUUGAAGAACUGAAAGGCGUAAACGGGCAUGUUAAGUUCGUGGAAAGCUUGAGAAACUCCAUGGAAAUGUUUAGCGAUUUCAAAACCGAGUAUCAUUUGACGACAAGUUUGUGUAACUCUGGAUCUAAGGAAGCUGAUUUCGGAUGGGGAAAGCCCGUAUGGUUUUGCACCGGUAAUCACCUGAAUGAAGAUGUUCCACUGUUUACAAACCGGGUGAUUCUGGUGGAUUCGUGUUCUGGUGACGGAAUAGAAGCUUGGGUGACGCUGGAAAAACAAGUAAUGGAUGGCGUUAAGUGUAACGCUGAGCUUCUGUCAUAUGCAUCAGUGAAUCCCAGCCCCCUAUAGCUACAAUCUUCGAUUUGUCCAGUUGUGAAGAUCAUAGUUUUCUAAUGUAUGAAUAAAAUGAUUAGAAGUUCCGUUAA